ACAUUUCCCCCCUUAGUUUCAUCUGCUACUUCUCCGCACAAAGAAAAAAGGGAAUUAAUCAUGAACAAAGAAACAAUAGUCCUAUUUCCGGGACUUGGCUCGGGCCAUGUCACUCCAAUGCUCGAGCUCGCCAAGCUCUUCGCCAACCGCAACUUCUCCGUCAUCAUCCUCGUCGUCGAAACCUCAUUCUCCUCCUCCCUCAACUCUUCCGACCUCUUGCGCAUCUCCUCCGCCAACCCUUCCGUCUGCUUCCACUGCCUUCCCAAGCUCUCCUUCGACCGUCCCAUCCCCGGCUUCCAACUCCUCCCCCGCACAAACCCACUCCUCCUCGACUUCCUCAAAUCCCUCGCUGAGAAAUCAAGGAUCCGAGCGCUCGUUUUGGACAUGUUCUGCAGCGCAGCACUCGACGUCGCGCACGAGCUCAACCUGCCGGCCUACUUCUUCUACCCUAGCCCCGCGUCCUCCCUCUCUGUUUUUAUUUGCGUUCCAACUCUCCUCUCUAAGAUGGCCGAGAAUUUUGGAGAUCUUGGAGAUAAACCUCUCGAAUUCCCCGGUCUGCCUCCGAUUCCUGCAUCUCACUUGCUGAACUAUCUGAUGGAUCGCGAGGACGAGAGGUGCAAGAGCUGUAUUUAUCAUUUCGAUCGGCUUACGAGAGCCAAUGGAAUUAUGAUAAACACGUUUGAGAUGUUGGAAUCCAAACCAAUCAAGGCUCUUGUUGAUGGGCUCUGUGUUGGUCAAGGAAGUCAUAUGUGUCCAAUUUAUUGCAUUGGUCCACUGGUUACAGCGGAUAGAGUAGGAGGGGAAGGUGGAGAGAGGCACGAGUGUUUGAAGUGGCUCGAUGCGCAGCCCAAGGGGAGCGUGGUGUUUUUGUGCUUCGGGAGUAUGGGCUCCUUUUCGUCUGAGCAGCUGAAGGAGAUUGCUAACGGGUUGGAGAGAAGCGGCAGGUUUCUGUGGGUUGUUCCGAGCCAGCCCAGUGGGGACCCGAAGAACCUGUUUGCACCGAGGCCGGAGCCCAACCUGAGCGUGCUGAUGCCGGAGGGGUUUUUGGAGAGCACGGAGGGGAGAGGGAUGGUGGUGAAGUCGUGGAUCCCACAGGCGGCUGUGCUGGGGCACGAGGCGGUGGGUGGGUUCGUGACUCACUGUGGGUGGAACUCGACGCUGGAGGCGGUCAUCGCGGGCGUGCCGAUGAUUGCAUGGCCGCUGUACGCGGAGCAGAAGAUGAACAAGGUGUUCUUGGUGGAGGAGGCAAAGAUGGCCGUGGAGAUGAAGGGAUACGAUAAGGAGAUGGUGAGUGCCGAUGAGGUUGAGGCUAAGGUGAGAUGGCUGAUGGAAUCAGAGGGAGGGAUAGAGCUCAAGGAUCGAGCGGCGUCCAUGAAGGAGGCAGCCAAAGCGGCGAUGAGAGGCGGAGGAUCGUCUGAUAAGGCUUGGACGGAAUUUGUCAAUACGAUGAUGAGUCAUGGGUGCUGCUGAGCAACGUUCCGAAUAAUUAGCCAUUGUUUAUCUAUUUGUUGUUAGAAUGGAGUUCGUACAAUAUCUCUUAUUUGAGUAAUAAAAAACUUUCAUUUGUUACUGA